UGGAUCUGAUUGGAUUUUACCUACCAGAACCUGGCACAUAGUUGGAGAGAGAGGGUCUGACUGCUGACGGAGCUUAGUGUCGGUCAACCUGGAGGUUAUUGUGCUACUGGAAACCACUGUGCCCCUUAAUAGAAAGGGUGGAGGAGAAGGGGCUGAAUAGGGAGAGUGGCACUGGCUUGAGGGUUUUCUUAGCCUGGAAGCUUAGAAGAGUUUGGAGGGCCUUGAGCACAGCAAGCAUGGUGGGAGCAAGUGCCUCUGAGGUCAUCUUUAUCUCUGUCAGUCACAGCAUCACUUUGAUGGGGAAGGUGUGGCUCAUUGUGAUGAUCUUCCUCCGUAUCCUGAUCCUCCUCUUUGCUGGUUAUCCCCUCUACCAGGACGAGCAGGAGAGAUUUGUGUGUAACACCAUUCAGCCCGGCUGCGCCAAUGUGUGCUAUGAUGUGUUUUCUCCCAUCUCUCUUUUUCGGUUCUGGCUGGUGCAGUUGAUCACCUCGUGUCUCCCCUACAUCAUCUUUAUUAUCUACGUGGUCCAUAAGGUCUCAAAUGGCCUCACUGUGGACCUGAACUCCUCGGGUCACGUCAAAGCAUUGCCGCUUUUCAAGAUCCACCAGGAGCCAUUCAACAAGACAUCUGUAAACAAGAUGCCUCUGGUGGCUGAGCGAGGAUUGGCCCGCUGCUUCACAGGAGCCUACAUUCUCCAUCUGAUGUUCAGGACAUUGCUGGAGGCAGGGUUUGGGGCAGCUCACUACUAUCUUUUUGGUUUCUACAUCCCCAGGAGGUUCCUGUGUCAGCAUCCACCGUGCACUACCCAGGUGGACUGCUACAUCUCCAGGCCCACUGAGAAGACCGUGAUGCUCAACUUCAUGCUUGCUGUGGCUGCUCUGUCCCUUUUCCUAAAUGUGUUGGAUUUCUUUUGCGCCAUCAAGCGCUCUGUGAUGCAGAAGAGCAAGAGGAAGAUGAUGGUGGAGAAGAUUUACGAAGAAGAACAGUGUUUCCUUUCAGCUGGAGGAGCCUCCAGAGCAACAGACCCAAUUGCUCAGCAGGAUUUAGAGGUUGAGGCUGGUCAGACAGGGAGUUUUCGGAAGAGGCGAGGCAGCAAGGGCUCUUGUGGAGGGGGAGUUCUUGCUUUAGGUCAGGAUCCUCCUCUUCCAUGCUCUCCAGGACCUCCCGGGUGCAACACAAACGGGAACAACGGCUACUAUGUUUCCCAAGAGGAGGCUCCAGAGAGGAAUGGCAGUGAUGUGGCUCUCUGCCCCCCUGAGCCGAUAGGGACACCGAGAUCCAUUCGUGUUAGCAAACGCAGUCGACUAAAACCACCACCUCCGCCCAGACGGAACCUUGGGUCAUCCCCCGGGGGGUCAGCUGGGCCCAUUGGGGACGUUUCCACAGCAACAGCAAUCUGUACCAGAAGGCUGGGUCAGUACACGCUGGUUGAGCUGGGUAGCAAUGCAGAGCUACAGACCAUUGAUGAUGGGCAAGAGAAAAGAGCAGAGUGGGUGUGACUUAGAGAGGAUUGGAUUGAUUUAUUUUCCAGGUUUUUUUGGAACACAAGAAUGGGACAAAUAGGUGUGGGAGCAAUAUGAGAAACAGACACAAAGAUACCCCAAGGCUUACACAGUGUGAACAACUGUUGGAGCUGACAUCCUGCCACGCUCUCUACCUCAUUGUACAAUGCAGACUGCACUCUCUCUUGAGGAGAAUUCAAAACGGCAGUGCGUUCACAUGAGACAUAAUUACAUUUGCUGUGAUUUUAUCACGCCAUCAGAUCACAUUACCUUUGAGGAGCGCCAGCAGAACAAUGCAAAACAAGAAAAAUUCAAGUCAAGAAUGCCAGGACACUCUAGCCUUCAGCGUCCUUGAAGAACCACAACCUCGAGAAAAUCUAAAAGAGUGCAGCCCACCUGUUUCUUUCCUUGUUGACUUUACCCCCACCUUCCCGGACACACUGUCCAUAAACAAAGACAGGCCUUGACCUGUCCAACAUAUACAUCCCCCCACCUUCCACCACAGUCACACUAUAGGAUACCAACACUGACCCCUUGUCUUUUGUGUUUGGGUCAAUGGGGUCAAAGGACAUGGGUAGCCUCUAGGCCCUGUGCUUGGGUGACCUUUUGGAAUAAGAAGGUCAGGGCGAAAAUGAAAGGCAAUAACCUGGCUAAGGUGCUGUUAUCAAGCUCAUGGAAUGGAAUAGGAUUUCUCCGUCAGAAGUGAAGGACACUAUGAAGGCCCCUAAAUCCGACAUAGGCUCACAAAGCAAUUAUGUUUCCCCAUAGGGGCUCUGUAUUUAUGGAGACGGCUUGUCACUCUAUUUCAGGGCCUCACUGAGCUUAGGAGGAAUACAAACCUUAACAUACGCUGCCACCACAAAUAGAGCACAGCGGAGCUCUGUAAAGGAGCAGUGUUGCCUGUUGCCCUUCAGGAUAUCUGCUCUCUACUUGCUGUGGCUUUGGUUUCACCUUGAUCAAAGCUCAGAUUAAUGUGAAUCAGACACCAACUACCACUGUGACACAUGUCAAUCAUAGACAGUAUCUUCAGUGGAGCUGCUGUAAUGUUCAAUUAACUUGUUCCUGAAAUGUUUCCAGUUUAUUUUCGUGAAAUCUCUGGACUACUUGAUACAUAUGAUUGUGAGGAGACUCCCACAGUAAAUCAGCAGCAUCACCGUUGCAUCUGCUGCUCUAUAGCUGAGGGGCUGGUCUCUGUGCAAAUGGAUAGCUCUUGAUCUUCCUCCUCUUGUGGUCUCUUUGAAGGUGACAACAAAAGCUCCUGGCUUCAUAUAUCACCUAUUUACUGAGUGCUGCACCCUGACUGUCAUAAGGGUGACCACAGGGGGUUUUCAUCAGAUCACAGCAGGUCUAAUGGUGUCUCACCUCCUUCAUAUAACCAGUGUUUAGUGUAAAAGCCAAAGCUGGACUGAGUUACACUCGCGGUCAUUGAAACUCUGUACUGUAUGGUUUGGAUAGAUUGUUAAACGUUCUGUUAAUGUAAAGUGGAGCUAUAAGGAAGUGGCUUCUUGAAUUAUAUAUUUUGUUCAGUGCUAUUUUUUUGUAAUAGAUACAAAUAUUGAAUAAUCAGUGUUGUAUUGGAAUUCCUUUAUAUUUCCAUUUAUUUUUGUGAUUAAAAUCCAUCAGUGCCUAAUUCCUAUUACAAGUCAUAUUAUAAUGUCAUUUUCUUGUUAUCCCCCAAUGCAAUAUCAAAUGAAUUUAUGUACAUUUUCAUACAUAAUUAUAUAUAAAGUUAGUUUCUUUAUAAAGAGGAAAUUAUUUGAUAGUUUAUUUGUUCUUAUGUUUCCGUGUUUUACUCAUUGACUCUCAAAUGUGAUUCUUUUAUGCCUGACAGUUAUGGCUGUUCAGAUCAGUGUUAUUGAAAUUAUAAAUGACUGCAACAUUGAAGAUAAUGUAACUUUUCAAAGCACUUUAUUGUAACUAUUGUUGUUUGAUCCAGUCCAUUGUGCUGCAGUCUCUUCACCAGCACUGUAGUUUGAAUUCAUGCUGCCCUCCAGUGACGCAAAAUGUGAAAUGCUGCCAUAUAUUGAAUCCAACACUUGAAAACAAAUGCCCUCUGGCCUUGUGAGGACAGAAUUUGAUAAGUGAAUAAUUUUAUUUUAAUAAAACAUUUUGGUUGUGA